GUACCCGUGUGUGUGAACAUACCGCAUUUGAACAUUAUACGGACGUACAUGUACAGUGCGUGCGUGAAUGUCAUUCCCAACGCUGAAAUUCCCGAGAAUUGCCAGAAAUAUUGAGUGCAAAAAACGCGUGUUUACGGCCCACCAUGAGCCUGUCUGGGUGCCCGCACGUGGCUAACUUUAAGGCUGUGAACGGAUCGACACCGUACCGGUUAAUUCUGUCUUAUUUCGUGUCGUGUAGCACUCAAGCAGCAGUUAAAAGAAAGGCUCAGUCAUGUCUAUGUCACGUCUGUCGGCAAUCAGACCUUAGACUCCACUCAUGUCUCUACUGCGUUUUCUUCGGGUGCUACUCUGCAGGCCACAUACACGACCAUGCAAAGGCAACUAAACACAACCUCGCUGUUGAUCUUACCUAUGGUGCUGUUUACUGUUAUUCCUGUGGUGACUAUGUCUAUGACCUGGAGUUUGAGGCCAUUGCCAAAGAAGAAAGAACCAAAGCUGCCAAAUUUGUAGGUACCCCUUGUAGCGUGCACGCUUUUCUGUCUUGGGAGGUUACGGCGUCUGAAGCCCAACUACUACGACAGAAUCCCCAGCGUAGGAAAAUCACGGCCAAUUCGACGAUAGGUUUACGUGGGCUCAUCAACCUAGGCAAUACCUGUUUCAUGAACUGUAUUGUGCAGGCAUUGACGCACACACCGCUCCUACGAGACUUCUUCCUAGCUGAUAAACACAAUUGUCAGAUGGCAUCCAGCGACCAGUGUCUAGUCUGUGAGAUGUCUAGAGUGUUUCAAGAGUUCUACUCAGGGUUACGUUCAGUGCACAUUCCAUACCGUCUCCUUCAUCUUGUGUGGACUCACGCAAGACACUUAGCAGGUUAUGAGCAGCAGGAUGCACAUGAGUUCUUCAUUGCUGCACUAGAUGUACUUCAUAGGCAUUGCAAAGGCCACAAUGGUGUCUCUGGCAACAAUCCUCAUCCUUGCAACUGCAUCAUUGACCAAAUCUUCACGGGAGGGCUGCAGUCAGACGUAACCUGCCAGUCGUGCAAGGGUGUAUCGACCACUGUCGACCCCUUCUGGGACAUCUCCUUGGAUCUGGGUCCCUCAGGUAGUCAUUCGUCAUCUUCUUCAUCCUCUGCCCCGAUUCCUAAUGCUGACCUCUCAGUCGACAGCAACUCCUCAGGUUCCAGUACUAGUAGCGGUAGUGUCAAUAAUGGAGACUCUGGUCUGUUGUCUCCGACGGGUUUUGAGGAUGUCCCUACCUCACUAGAUGACUGUCUGAGAAGGUUCACAAGACCAGAACAUCUAGGCACCAACUCAAAGAUCAAAUGUAGCCGUUGCCAUAGUUACCAAGAGUCCACCAAACAGCUCACCAUGAAAAAGCUUCCUCUUGUAGCAUGCUUCCAUCUUAAGAGAUUUGAACACUCCAACCGAUUCCGAAAGAAGAUUUCCACCUUUAUCGCCUUUCCCCAUGAGCUGGACAUGACGCCAUACGUCUCCUCACAUCGGCGAGCCAACGGCAUUAAGAACCAGUCACACUCCAGUACCUUACUAUCUACCUCAGAGAACAAAUACUCGCUGUUUGCCGUCGUCAACCACCACGGUACGAUUGAGACGGGUCACUACACAUGUUUUGUCCGACAGCACAAGGACCAGUGGUUCAAAUGUGAUGAUGCCCUGAUUACCAAAUCCAGCGUGCAAGAUGUACUACAUAGUGAAGGGUAUUUACUGUUUUACCACAAGCGCAUCUUAGAGUACGAAUGACGUUUGAUGGACAGUUAUACCAGCUUGUUCCAAAGUACCAACAAGUCAGUGCAACUGAAAUUCUUCACCUCUAGCAUAGAAGAGGCCACCCAGGGGCUGGUUACUGUUUAAUAUUAGUGUGGUUCUCAAUGCCAACUAUAUGCCUAUUCCAUAUUUACCGCCCAUAGGUGUCGUACUCAGUAACACACAGACCUUUCUUCUAUUUGUGCUUGCCACUCAAGCUUUGGUACGUAAAAAUAUGCAUUGGCAUUUAUUAUUCCCAACCCUCUGUUAAUUCCGCCAUGGUCUGCAAUUGCCAGCCAAACAAAAAGGUUUUCUCUACUUAGUAUGGUUUCCCAAUACUCACAAUUUAUCGAGACCCGUAGUUGCCAUGUUGUAUUCUGUUACAUUGCUGUGUGCUCUAUCUCAAGCAUGUAGGUGGCCAUGUUGCUGUACACAGUUAGAACAUUACAUGUAUUAGCUACCAAACUUUUGUGAUCAUAUUUCCAGUGCAUUUUACCAUAGGAAAAUAUGGCCAAGUAGACUACAUUUGCUUCAAAAAUUUCCAUACCCCCCCAAAAAAACAGUUUCAACGCAGUAAAAACAGGUGGUUUUAAGCACGUUUGCGAAGGCUUUCACGACUUGCACAUUUGUGGUAAUUCCAACCUUUUGUCUUAUUUAUAAGAGUUGGUUGAUAGUCCCAGAUAUUCUGGAAAUGCGCAGAGCAACCUGAAAGUAUUAGUUUCUUCUCUUUGAUGAUAAAGAAGGGAAAACAGGUAACAGUGACACCAGUGAAAUGUGCAAUUUGGCUUUUGCCAAAUUUUUUUAAAUUCAAACUAGGGUACACACCUUGCUAUAUUAACACAAAGGCAGGAGUCAUUUCACCACCUCCCUUUCAAUGGUAGAAAUUUCCACUUGAGUCCUGUGAUAACCCUCAAAGAAAUAUGUUCCUCAAAACGUGCUGGGUUUAGCAAAUUGUAUCAACACUGCUAAUCCCCGCCAAGUGUUCCCCUUGAGUGAGGGGCAGUGCUUUGGCUGGAAGAGGGCGAACAGUUCUGGGAAAGUGCAUUAUCUCAUCAAUGGUCUUUUUCUUGGUUUCUCUCACGUACACGGAUGCAAUUAUACUCGUUUGAUUACUUGAAUAUUAUAAUGUGUGUGAUAUCAACAGUCCUCUGCAGGGAAAAAGAAAUACGUUGUAGCAUUACAGAAGCUAGUGGCUUUUAAAAAUACUACUAUUAAGUAGCAGGUAAUGAAUAUUAUAAUUUCCCGGCGGAUUGUCGGAAUUGUUAUCGUGAAUAUGUAGAGAAUUACCAAGUUUUCUUUAAACUUUUUUUUUUUUGUAUUUUCUCCCAAUGGGGGGCUAAAAAUUGUCUGACCAAACCUCGCCGCUUUUUAUCUCUGUCUCCCCCCCCAAAAAAAUGCAACACUGGACAUGUAGGUUAGUAGUGUUGCUUAUGUAUACUUCAUUGUUGUUUCCACAACUGUAAUGUAACAGAAUCUGGAGGGUGCUUUGUGCCCUUUCAUCAAGAUCAAUGCCCCUUUUACAACCCCA